CCAAAGGGCCGCCGAUGAACUACAAAUAAAGAACCGCCGGAAGGAGUGUGGCCCUUUCUCUCCGGGAGACGGAGGAUGGCAGCCGGCGGAGAAACGAGGAAUUCGUACCCUGCUCUUCCAUUGCUUGCGCUACGAGACGGGAGAAGCAGAGGACCACUGCUCGAAUUCUCACGUCAUCAGCCGUUUUUCUGGUCUCCGUUAGCGGGGAAGAGAAGAGGAGGAUGAAAAAGUGUUAGCUUGGCUAGAUUUCACUUUCUCCGGUUGUCUUAGAUUCAGUUUGGAGCAGUAAGCCAUUGAAUUGGUUCCUUCUGUAUCUUGUGAUGUAUCUAUUGUCUAGGGGAGAUGUUUAUAUGCGCCCCUGGUGGGAGGCAUUUCCUCUUUUUCUCUCUCUCUCUCUCUCUCUCUUUGCCUCCAGUACCGAUGUGAUUGGACAAAGGCAUUUAGAUGUUAUUUCGCCUCGCAAAGCUUGCGCAUUGAAAUCCUUGUCCCCAGUACCGAUGUAACUGGACGAAAAUGCUCUUAUUUCUCACUGUUAAUAGGAUGACAUAGAGAAAAUGCUUCUGCUCUGUUCGCUGUUUCCGUGGUUUGCUUCCUGCAUAUUGCAAGGUAUUGUCGACACGUGGCUUCAUUCCGUUUGAGGGGUUGUAUUUUGGGGUUUCGGCUUGUCAUGUGAGGUAGAAGUGCAUUAUUUCGGAUUAUUUGCUUCCAUUUCAACGAGUACCUGGAAUUUCUGGUUGGCGCUACCUACCUCUUUGUGGCCUGCAAUGCGCUCAGACCGUCUGUUUUCACUAAUAUCUGGAACGAAGAUCUCUUUUAUUCUUGUCUUCAAAAACUGUUGUUAGGAGCGGUCUGAAGUUUAUUACGAUGACCCCGUUGAUGAUCCUUCAGCCAAAACCACCUAGGUAUAGGGCCUACCGCGAAGCUCUGUGCUAAGCUAAGCCCAUGCCUACUUCCCACGGAGCUUGUGAUGCCUGUCUGGGAUUUCUGCCUUUGGGAGUUGAUCGAAUCCGAUCUUUAGCUUUGGAAGCAAGCCGCUGCGAAGAAGCUCCAUUGAAGUCUGUCUAGCUUUAGAAGGGAACUUUCGACCAACUUUGAUAUCUAGAAGGCCAGUUCUUCAUUUCUUUCCAAACCCAUCAUAUUCUGAAAGACUAGGAGGCGUCUUUGUUGUUCUUUUCGUAAAACAAAAGAACAACGAAAACGGAAUAGUUUCUUUCCUUGCUGGUCUGUUCUUCCUAAGUUGUUUAGGUGCUGAAGAUGAUGCAUGUGGUAGUGCUAGCAGUUUAGGAGGAGUCAUGCUUUCCUUGUGGAAGAAAAAGAAGGCUGGUGAGAAGAAAGGCCCUAGAGGCAAAAUCCAUAAGAUUUCUCGCCUAGUCUCAGAUCUGAAUUCAAAGCGAGAGUCAUUAGUUCAGACAGGAUUUCCUACAUCUGUCGCAGAUCUUGUUGUGAACUCCCGUAUCAACUGGAUUCCCCCAAUCAAUGAACGAAAAAAACCAUCCAAGAAAUCUUCUAAUCCUUCGAUCAAGGAUAUCCGUCCACCCUUUCUUAAUCCACCUGCUAUCCACAUCCCAACUCCAGUGGUUGAACUUGAACCUACCAAUCACUCUCAUCUUGAGUCUGGCCCUGUUCAGCCACAAAUACAAAAGCAGUUGAUAAACAAGAGACUGUCGCCAACUGGAGAAACUGAUGAAGAUCCACUGUUGUUGAAGAGGUUCAAGGUGGUAUCUUUGAUUUGUUUGCUGUCUGUUUUGGCGUUUGUAACAAAGAAGGUCACUUUGGGUAUCACUAUAUUGGCUUUCUGCUUGCUGUUGGCUGAAUAUCUUAAGAAUAAUUUCUGCCAUCCGUCAAAGCUUUCUACAUGUUCAGCAGGAGUUCUGAAAUCAAAGAGCGAAGGAAGUUCUCACAGGGGCAUCACUGCUUUUGAAGAGGUUGAUGUUCAUCACUACGAGACGGGAUUUUGUGAAAGUGAAAGAGAUGAACGAGUGACCUUGAUUCAUAAUGAAGAGAUUCUAGCAUAUAACCCCCCAAGCGAGCAUUGGAGCGUGAAUAAGGGUAGACAUUUUCAAGAAAGUGGAAGAGAUGAACCGAUAGCAGUAAAACAAGAUAGCAUAGCCCCAGUGGAGGCCCUUGCAGGAAACCAGACUUGGAAAGUAAAGCUAAAGAGUGGCAUCAAGGCAAAAGUACUGAGAAGGUUCUUCUCAAAGCCUCGUCGCAGCUCAAGAAAUGGGAGUGUGGAAGAAGUAGCACCAAAGGCAGACGGGUUACCUGGUUCAGAAUUUGUGCAAGAAGCAGAGAUGGUGAAAGAGAAAAAACAACUCUCUUCAGAAGAAAAAGAUCUGCUUUUCCCAACUGAAAAUGAUCUCCCAUUUAUUUCAGAGAAAAGUAGCAUCAAGGGAAGUUUGUGUAUAGUGUACAACUUAAGUUUGGAAAACAUGAUCUUCGUUGGUGUCAUUUUGUCGAGUCUUGUGGGAGGUCGUCUUGUAGCACUUGUGAUCACUACAAGCUGGUAUUUAGUGGUGAAAUGUCGGCAGCAGGGAGUGCUGCUGAAACAGGAAUGAUAAUGUAAAUGAUUGUUUAACAACUUCUAAAUCUUGUGUCA